AUGUUUGUCCAGGUUUAUUCGGGAACGGCCUGCUGGAUGCCGAGGCUUCCGUCUCCAUAGCAACGCUCACGGUUAACGGCACUGACCCGGUGACGGCCGGAAACGGAUCGGUCCCGACACACACUCCUCCUCACUGGAUGCCUCGCACCGACAGCUCUUCAUCAUCAUCAUCCUCAUCCUCCUCUUCAUCAGUGGGUCCCACUGCUGUGGUCUCGCCUGAUUGGUGGACAUCCGUCUCCACGGCGACAAGCAUGAGCACAGAGACUGGUUCCUGCUCUGACAUCACAGAGAGCCAGUGUCACAUGCUGCCGUAUAAUCAGAGUGGCCUGUUGCCGGGGGUGACGGUCGUCAAGAGCAACGAGAUCCAGAUGUUCCUGAAGUUUUUCAUCUAUCUGAGUCGGCUGUCCUGCUACAGACACAUCAUGCUGUUCGGAUGCUCCAUCGCCCUCCCACAAUGCAUCAGCCACAGAGAUCACAGGACACUGGUGCUGCCGUGUCAGUCGUUCUGUGAAGCGGCUCGUGAAGGCUGUGAGCCCGUCCUGCAGAUGUUCAACGCCUCCUGGCCGGAGUUCCUGCGCUGCUCUCAGUUCACCAACACCACGGGCACCGGCGCUGAAAACACACCGCUCUGUUACACGCCACGACAGGCCAGGGGAAAGCUCUCUGUGUGUGGAGGAAGCCAUCACUUUCUGUGUGCGACGGGAAUAUGUGUCCCUCUCAAACUAGUGUGCAACGGAUACAACGACUGCGACGACUGGAGCGACGAGGCCAAUUGCACUUGUGCAGAUGGACAGCAUGUGUGUGCGACCGGUCGCUGUGUCAGCUCUGAUCUUCUGUGCGAUGGCUACGAUGACUGCGGCGAUCUGAGCGAUGAGCAAAACUGUGUGUGUGAUUCGGCUGAAGAGCAUCGCUGUGGAGAAGGACGAUGUGUUCCUCGAGACUGGCUCUGUGACGGAGACCACGACUGCCUGGACAAGAGCGACGAGAUGAACUGCUCAUGUAAGUCCCAGGGUCUAGUGGAGUGCAGGAACAAGCAGUGCAUUCCCAGUGCCUUUCGCUGCGAUGGUGAAGAGGACUGUAAAGAUGGCAGUGAUGAAGAAAACUGCACACAACAACAGAGCGUCUGCGAGCCCAUCUCUGUGGAGAUCUGCAUGAACCUGCCCUAUAACUCCACCAGGUUCCCCAACUAUCUGGGCCACCAGUCCCAGAAGGAGACGUCGCUGAGCUGGGAGUCCUCGCUGUUCCCCGCGCUCGUGCAGACGCACUGCUACAAGUUCCUCAUGUUCUUCGCAUGCACAGUGUUAGUGCCGAUGUGUGACCCUGUGACACAGCAGAGAGUGCCGCCCUGCAGGUCUCUCUGUAGGAACUCAAAGGAACACUGUGAGUUAGUGCUAGGCAUUGUGGGAUUGCAGUGGCCUGAGGACACAGACUGUGCUCAGUUUCCAGAGGAAGGCCAAGCGAACACUUCCUGUUUGCUUCCGGACCCGGAUGUGAACGAGUGCUCUCCCAGUCACUUCAAGUGUCGCUCGGGAAGAUGCGUGCUCUCAUCCAAACGCUGUGAUGGACACACAGACUGUGAUGACGACAGCGACGAGGAAACAUGCGGCUGUGUGGAGCGGGGCUUGUGGGAAUGUCCCGGAGACAAAACCUGUAUCAGUCACAACAUGAUCUGUGACGGGUUCCCUGACUGCAGCCAACAGGAGGACGAGAAGAACUGCUCUGCGUGCAGCAGUCAUGAGCUGGAGUGCAAUAAUCAUCAGUGUGUCCAGCGGUCGCUGUGGUGUGACGGCAGGAGACACUGCUCCGACAGCUCAGACGAGUGGGACUGCGUGUCUCUGUCUGACGAGGGCCUGGUGCUGGUGUAUAAGGCUGGGCUGGAGUACCAGGUGUGUGCGGAUGGAUGGAGCUCUAACCUCAGCAGCCUCACAUGCACACAGAUGGGUUUAGGUUCUCCUGUCUCCUCAGAUGCCGUGUUGGAUGUGUCUUCUUCUGCGGGACGGAGGCGCUGGCUGCACGUCGACCCAGAAUCGAGUCCGCAGAAUAUAAUUCCUCUACAGGGCCGGCUGGAAAAACGAGGGUGUGUGAGUGAGUGAG